AUGGAGCAAGACGUAGAUAAUACUUUUAAUAAAAUAUGUAGUACUUGCCUCAGUUCAGAUCGUGAUUUAGUAUUAAUAAUCGGGGAAUCAAAUAUUUAUCAAACAUUUCGUUUACUGAUGUAUGAUUUCGCGGGUGACAGACUUGGAGAUCUAUUAUCAGAAGAAACACUACAAGUUUGUUGGGAAUGCCUUGCUCUAUUAAGAAAGAUCCAUAAAUUUAAGAAGCAAGUUCACAUAGCUCAGGGGCACCUCCGUGUACUUGGCCUGAGUGGAAACCAUGAGACUACAGAUCACACGUACUUGUCUCAGUCCCUAUCAACUCUGGAGUCCACAAUAAAGACUGGCUACGACAAGAUUUAUUUAGACUGCAGUAACGAAAUUCAGACGGUAUGGCCACCAGAAAUCAUCACAAUUAGAUCUGUCAAAGAUGAGCAGUAUGAUAUAGCUCAGGUUGUGCGAGAAAACAUUAGUCUAGACAUUGAGGAUCAGAUUUUAGGAACUAUGGUUCUUCAGAAUCCGAACGCUAUGAUGACUCCUCACAUUGUGAUCAAUGCAGAACCUUUGAAAGAUCAGGAGCAGUAUACAGAAUCUGAUAAGACUGUGCUACCUGAACUCACUAUCAGUACCGGACCGCUGCCUGAAGAUAAAACAGAUGUGUUAAUAAUACCAAGUCAUAGACCUAAGGAUGCUGUGGACACAUAUAUAACUGAGUACAUGAACGAGGAGGACAUGUUAGCUUUUAGAGAAAAAGCAAAAGAGAAAAUCCAGUACGCCAGCGCAGUGUAUAAAUGCGAACUUUGUAUAAUAGGUUUCUACAGUCAACAGCAGGUCGAGGAGCACUAUGUGUCGGCGCAUAAGGCUAGAGCGGGCACGACGGCAUGCAAAAUAUGCUUCGCGUACAUAGAGGAGGAGCGGAUGUCGCACCACCUGCAGGCGCACUACCUGCGCCACGUGUGCCGCCUGUGCGGCCACACGGAGGCCAGCGCCCGCCUCGCGCAGGUGCACGCACAACAACACCUCGACAAGAAACCGCCCAGCGCACUCAUCAAGAUAGGCGACGUCGCGCCCGGCCGCAAGAGAAAACGGAAAAAGGAAGAUUCACCGCCGACUGAAUCAGGAAAGCAGGACUUGAGGAAGCUUCUAUCUAAAACUACAAUAGUUGGUUAUAAGUGCUUAGAAUGUGAUAUGUUUUUUAAGAAUUCCAGGGCGCGUAAGACGCACGUGGCGAGAUACCACAGAGAGGGUCUGGAGUGCGAUCAUUGUAAGAAACGAUUUGUAAAUAGGACCACUUUAGCGACUCAUCUCAGGCUGCACGAAGGCCCUCUCCCACGGGAGGAGUGCCCCAUCUGCCACAAGAUGGUGCGCGUGAUCCAGCUCAAGUACCACAUCCAGCGGCACCAGAACAAGAGCCGCUACGAGUGCAGCGACUGCAACAAGGUGUUCUCGCAUCUCACCACCUACCAGGCGCAUCUCAAGUACUCGAGGGCACACGCUUCCGAGCAGAUAUUCAAGUUCCCUUGUCCGAUGUGCAACAAGGGCUACCCGACUAAAGAAGCGAUGCAGGACCACUUCAACUACCAGCAUCUAGGCAAAACGUCACACAAGUGCCCCAUCUGCGACAAGCCGAUAGCGUCGAAAGCCAACGUAGAGAAACACAUGAUGAGGGUCCACGGUGAGAAGAAGGAGAAACCGAGGAACCACGUCUGUCAACAAUGCGGGAAGGCCUUCACUGACAAAAAAGCUCUGAACCAGCAUGAAGUCAUCCAUUCAGGCGAGAGGCCGCUGUCCUGUGAUAUCUGUCAGCAGACGUUCAAGCAAAAAGCGUCCUUAUACACACACAAGAAGAGAGUUCACAAUGUAGUGCCGGCAAAGAAAGUUGUCGAAUUUAUGGACACGCAGAAAGCAGGAUCGUAG